AUGACUCUGGGUCUUUUGCCGCCGAACGAACGAAGGGAUCCCUCCCACGAAUUGGGAAUUACAGCAUACGCUGUCUAUGAAUCCCCUGAUUCUCGUUCCCCGGGCUUUGCGGGGAGGAAUUUUUCUAAGUCUCUGGAGGUUAACGAAGACUCAGGCUCAUUGGCUGCUUUUAAUCGCGCCAGACAAUGGCUCUCACAUUGCGUGCAGCAUGAUCAGGCUUGCAAACCCCCGGACACAGAAUUUAUGCCCCGACGCCUAGUGAACGUGGGCUCGUGGGAUGGAUCCCGGGACUCUUUCCUGUAUGAGCCCACGACACCGGUGAUUUAUGCCUCCAUCCAAGAUGCCAUCACCGUUUGUCGUGCUCUCAAGAUCCCAAAUCUCUGGGUUGACUCCCAGUGUAUCGUUCAGGAUGAUAAGAUUGCCUGGUUGCAUGAUGCGUUGACCAUGCAUGACCCAAAUUCGUGUAAAUUGAGGUUCCUAGGGAAACAGCAGUUCGGCGAUCCUAGCUGGCAGAGAUCAUUUUGUCCUACUCUACCAGAUUGGCCAGUGGAUACAUCUACUGAGCUGUUGAUGCGACCGGGUGAAUUCAAGCUCCGAUCCAAUACUGAGCGAUCCUCCCUGGACAAGCAAGGCUGGUGUCUGCAAGAAUCACUUUUGCCCAACCAUCGACUUUGUUACGACGGCAAGGAAAUGAUCUGGGAAUGUUUAUGCCGCCAAACCUGCGAGUGUGGACAUGUGGUCGAGCCACAGAUCCCAAGGAAUACCAGUAAAGACUAUGGCAAGCUUGGAACGACACUCAAAACCCACCUUCCAGAGGCUGAGCCUCCGCUCGGUAGAAUUGACGGAUUCAUCCCCAGGCAUUGCUCGCCACCCAUGAUACCAUAUCACAGAUGGAGGGACCUUGUAACCGACUAUUCCCAUCGCUCGCUCAGCAAAAGACAUGAUACACUGCGGGGUAUUUCGGCAUUGGCCAAAAUGAUCCAAAAUCGGCUACCCGAGAAAGACGGAUCGCCUGCCGAGUAUGUGGCUGGGUUAUGGAAGGGCGAACUCCAUUUCGAUCUGACAUGGGAAGUCAAGCCAGUCGAUACACAUGACGUGCCUCCAUCUACUGGCCUUGAAGAUGAUAACGAGACCAACUAUCGUAUCCCAAGCUGGUCAUGGGCCUCUAUAAAGGUGAUUGACUGCAAAAGAGAGGUGCUAGAAGAUCCGGCCAGUGCUGUUAUUGGGGGUUCUCUUGUGCUAGAAGGUGCCUUUGUCCCCGUAAAUCUUGUGAAUGAGAACGAGAGGAAGGUUGCAUAUGUACAGUCCACAUGCGCGCAGACCUUAUCGAUCUCUCUAGACUCGCCGGGCCUGGUCGCAAGUGGGGACAAUCAAUAUUACUGCUUCAGAUUGUACACCCUUACAAGGUUUCUUGUUCUGGGGAGAUCUACAUAUAAGGAGGAUGCUUUUGAAAGGAUCGGCGUUGGUGUUUGGGAUGAUAACUUUGGGGGGAAGAGGCCGUGUCCUUUAUUUGUAGAUGUCGAACCUGGUACGGUUGAGAGAGUAUAG